AGAGAACAGAAGAGGAGGUGUGUGAGCUUCGGGUCUUGUCAUUGAAACACUCGGGCGGAGAUGGAGGAUUUAACGACGUGAUUCUUUGAGAAUUCAAACAGUGUCUGUUCACUUCUGAUCCCGGAGUAGUCUGGGAGGAGUUUUGUUUUUGGAGGUAUGGGUGCACUACAGUCAAUACCUGGCCAACCGGAGUACGCUGAUCUGGCGGAAAAGACCGGCUUUUCAUUGGAACAGAUUGGAGUCCUGCAUAAAAGAUUCAAGCAGUUGAGCCAUAAUGAAGAAACGUUGAGGAGGGAUCAUCUCAAUGGAAUCCCAGAUUUGGCGUGCAAUCCCAUCCGUUCGCAGAUAAUAGAGGCCUUCUUUGACAGAAGAAACUUUCGUCAGAAUAUCGAGGGAACUGUUGAUGAGAUCAGCUUUGAGCAGUUCCUGGUGGUCAUGUCCCACUUCAAGCCCCCAAGGCUGCACAUUACAGAGGAGCAGCGCGAAAGCAUCAGGAGGGAGAAGCUGAGAUUUUUAUUCAACAUGCACGACACAGACAACGACGGGACGAUCACCCUGGAGGAAUACAGACAUGUGGUGGAGGAACUGUUAUCUCUUAGCGAGACUCUGGAGAAGGACACAGCCCAGAGCAUCGCUGAUGCCGCCAUGUUGGAGGUGGCCAGUAUCUCUAUGGGUCACAUGGAACCUGAUGAGUUUUAUGAGGGAAUCACAUUUGAGCAUUUCUCAAAGUUGCUGAAUGGCUUUGAAAUUGAAUCCAAUAUGAACAUUCGCUUCCUUUAUAUGGACACGAUGAACUUAUGUAAGUGAUGGCAGCUGGGAAAACUCUGAGAAUGUAGAAUCAUGGUUUCACUUGCUGUUUCUAAACCUAGUUUAUGCUUGCACUGAAUAUAUGCCUUACUUACAUGUGAAUAACUAUGCAAUCUCAAGAAUAGAUGUAUAUUUCAGAUGUAUUAGGAUCCGUUUGUUUGAUAUUAAGCAAUAAAAAGAGAUUCUCAGUGAAAUUACAAUCAGGCUUUUACUAACUUGACUAAGCAAUAAUCACAUAUGCAUGUCUGGAAUAGCAGACAGGUUGACCCUAUGCAUGCACAUAUGGAUGCUUGAAGAACAUCUAUGAAUGUCAAUGCCAUAUGUAACACUUUCAAUAAUCAGGGAUAUUAAUAUUUAUCUUUAUAUAUAUAUAUAUGUGUGUAUAGCAAGGCAAUAAUUGACUUUAAUUGAUGUUACAAAUAUGACACAUGGUGCAUUCUCUGCUUCAUUUGCACAAUAAAGACCCCAUGAAAGAUAUCUUA